UAUACUUCCCUCCACAUAAACAUUGAAGCUCAAAUAAUAUAAAUUUUAAUUGAGAGUGAAGACAAUAUGUGAGUGUUUGGUGUGGACAACUAUUAACCGGGAGGAACCAUGGCGUCCGAGAUAGAGACAUACAUUGCUCAAAACUGUACAUGGGACAAACUACCCACCAAUGUGAAGCAGCUGCUGGGUAACUCUCAGAAGGAGUAUGAGAAGCAGGUGGCAGAGUACAGCAUCAAGACCCAGCAGCGGUAUCGGGGAAACCUGGUGCGGCAAAUCGUCAAGAAUGAGAGAAAUUACUACGAGGAGGUGUUGGCGUACAGUCGGUCUCACCUGAUGAUGUACCCAUACCAUCUGUCAGACGUGGUGGUGAAGGGUCUGCGCGUCACACCCUUCCAGUAUUACAUCUCCAUCCUCACAGAUAUUAUGACGGCGGAGAAGAGUUACGACUCCCUUCCAAACUUCACUGCUGCCGAUUGUCUACGUUUGUUAGGAAUAGGACGGAACCAGUACAUAGAUCUCAUGAACCAGUGCCGUUCCAGUCGAAAGCUCUUCCGCAAAAAAAAUGUACGAGACUUGUUACCUGCGCUGCCCUCGGAGAUCACCAUCGAGCCCUGGUGGCUGGUGUGUGUCGGGUGUGUGACGGAAGAGGACAUCAAGAGUCUGGUGAAGGAGAGAGAGAAGGUGGUCAUUGACUCCCUGAUCGACGUUGGUUCCCAGAAAGCAGGAGAUUUGGAUCGGGAAUGUGUACAUAGUCUUUAUACGAAAGGAUUGGUGUACCUUGAUGUGCCAAUGAGUGACAGCGACUGUAUAUCUGUUCCCCCGCUGGAAGGCUUCGUGAUGAACCGCGUACUUGGGGACUACCUGGAGAGCCUCAUGUACAAGAUCUUUGUGUCGAUUGAUGAGCAUACACCGGUGAUUGAGCUGGCAAAAGUAUUGGAGAUUGACCUGGCGCUGGUGAAGGUGGCUGUGUCGCUAUUCUGUCGCUUGGGGUUUGCUCACAAGAAGAACGCCGAGAUAUCGACUCUGGAGAUGCACCCGUCUUGGGAAUCUGCCAUGGCUCCCACUACAAAGAAGUUGCCUACAACAGCAGAUGACUUACUGCUGUUGGAGUUAGAGUCAGCACUGGCAGAGACUUCCUUGGGGGAGAAUGAUGACGUGGGGGCAUGUACUCCUAGAACUCCGACUGACGACCCCCUGGCUGCAGGUUUUGCCUUCGGCGGCCAAACCAAGAGGAUAGCGUUUUUGUAUGAUUCUACUCUCACGGCCUUCCUUAUGAUGGGAAAUUUGUCACAGGGUUUGAAGAGUCAUGCUGUUACCAUGUUUGAGGUGGGGAAGAUGCUGGAUGAAGGGUUGGACUCGCUCCUCACAGAACUGGACAAGAUACAAAGAUCAGACUCUGAAGGGGAGGCCCAGCGUUACUUUGAACAUGCUCUUACACUCCGAACUUCUGUCACAUUCCUUCGUCACAACCGUGAUCUGUGUUCUCCUGGCCAGGACGUCCCUCAUGCUCUGGAUCUAAUACGUUGGGAGAGUUUGAGUAAUCUUGACCCAGCGACGACGGCCCGUCUUCUCAAAAAGAAUUAUCAAUUUCUGGUCUCCAUGGCACCUUUAAGUUAUGAAAUCUCAGCAAUAGAGGGGGAGACACCACCCCAUUUUGGACCUGCCAUCCCAGAGGUCAACUCUAUCUGGUUCAAGCUUUUCAUCUAUCAUAUUACAAGCUCAGGCCCUCCAUCAUUACUGCUUCCUCAGGGCGAACGAUUACGUCGAUUGCCUGAAUGUUUGGUAGGAUACGAAAAGGUGCUGGUUACUCCCUGGGGCCACGACCCAACUGUGGUCCCUCUCGCGGCCCUCUUCACUACUGUCAACGAGGCGCUGAUGCACUCACCCGUCUUCAUUCAGGCAUAUGGCUGGUACCAUGAUGUCUGUAUCCAGCAUAUCCCAUUUCCCUUGGAGAGUUCUAAAAUAGUAAAUCACCCAGCUGUCCAGAUGUUGGCAAAGCAGCUGGACCUCCAACAUACUUUUGGCUUCAUCAAACUGGUGGCUUUCCCUUCUGCUGACACUCCUGGCGUGACGACCCUCACUGCGGCCGAGAUCACCACCGGCAUGCCACAGGGGUCCUCCAGCACGCCCCACAAAUCAUUCAUCACCAACCCCUCAGCCAUCAGUAACAGUAUCACAGAAUGCAGUAAGGUUGCUUCAGAUGGUACCUCAGACAGUGUUGCCAGCUGUAAUAGCACUGGCAAUUCUGAUGGCAUUGAUGCAGACUCAAGCGGUGCUUCCAUUCCUCAGGUGGUCAGCUUUGAUGAUGUUUCCAGCAUUGUGCUAGACAAGAUGGAGAAUUCAGAUGCUCGAAGUAGUGUACGUGAGAACAUGACCCUACAACUGGGCGGACCUUCCAUGGAUCAGUGGCACCUGCUGGAAUGUCACUUUGGUCUUCCUCUCUUUGAUGCUUCCCUCAAUCAACAGGUGUCCCACAAGAUCAUCUCACACAAGCUCUUCAGUCAGGAGAGCGUCGAGAAAUUCAGUGAUUCAAACAGGAUUCUCAUUCGCAAAUUAAGGGAAUUCAUUAGUGGCAAUAAGGCUCAGGGCGUGUGUCCAGAGGUUCAGCAGCGGGGAGGCUGCCGGGAAGGUGCCUCAAACCUGCCGCUGCCCACCACACCUUUACUGUUUGCUGACGGAACACUCAGUCCCUGGGAAGGUUCCUGAUAACUAGCAUCAGCAAGGUCUCUAACAUUAACCGGUGUGAUCAAAUUUAAAGAUAAAGAAUUGAUAAGAUAUCAUGGUAAAGGUUUAGUUUUUUUUAAAUGCAAGUUCAUUGAAGCUUUUUUUUGUAAGCUUGUGGUUAAAGUCCGGUGGAUACUGUAGCUUGGAAACAGUAUUAUUGAUGGGUUAUUGAGUGAAUUUUUCCACUCUUAGAGAAUUCUAAUAAUGCUGAACAUUUUAUGUAAAAAAGAAAUGAAUAAAAACAAAAGUACUGUAGUUGUAGUGAAACAGAGUUUACUAUCAGAGUAACUACUGAUUUUCAGGGGAAUAAAAACAAGCUUAGUAAAAAAAUGGAUUUUCAUGGACUUGAGAGCUAAGAUGAUGCCAUAUUGUAUUAUGGUUUAGAACUAAUUUUGUAGAUUGUCAGCAAGACAGUAGAAUGUGAACAAGAUGUGGUUUUAGGUCAAGUAUUCCAAUAUUAAGAGUGUUGUUUACAUAUGAGAGUAGAGUUGAUGUUGAGAGAGUGGUUCAUAUUGUAACAUAGUGUUAUUAAUCUCCACAAGUUGGAACAUAUAGGUCUUAAUGACGAGAAGGAUGCACUAGUUAUGGUAAAUAGAAAGGCAUUAGCAGAUUCCAUUUGUUUGACUAAUAUGUUCUUAAAAUCUGAACACGUCCUAUCACAAUGCAAAUUAUCUGACUCCAGCCGCACAGUUGGAGACCAGGAGCUGUAGUGCUGUAUCAGGGUUAAAACUUUUAUGGAUUAGGUUAAUGUUCCCUUUUGUCUUCAUCACUUUGCGCUCAACACCACACGCACAGUUCAUGUACACAUUCCACUAACCCUGUAAAGCAUGUGAUCACGUUUAUUUCUCACACUCUUACUCACACGCCACACAUGCCUCACACACACACACGCCACACACACACACACACGCCACACAUGCCACACACACACACACACACACACACAUGCCACACACGCCACACACACAUGCCACACACACACACGCAUAUAUAUCCCACGCUUACAGUACAUCCCACAGACGUCACAUAAAUUGCCCUACAAAGUUAAGUUGCAAGGUUGGUUAUAUCUUCUCUGUUGUAAUACUUUACCUUGUGUGUCAGUGAGUGCAAGGUAUUACUACAACCCUAAACACAAAUUACAACUCCAAGUGUUAUGAUUUUCCAUGCAUUUCCGUCCACUGAGGCAUUCUCGUAAGUCUUCACACUACGUAUUCUGGUAUUCUGCAUCUUGCCCUUCUUCACUGAUUAUUUUUUAUGCUUUUUAUAUAUUUUCUUCAGGGAGGCUUCCACUGGAGUUCUCAUCCAACGAAACAUUUAAAAUAUCAGUUUGUAUAGAAAUGUUUCCGUGAAGUUUUAAACAGCUGAAGUUUGAAAUUUUUUACACUGGUUGGGUUCAUCCUUGACACAGUGUCGGCGUGAAGAUGAUCAGCUGCGGGUAUUUUUGUGGAAAGAAUUGUUCUCUAAUCAACUUUGCAGUAUGUACAGGUAAUUGAUUUUUAUACCAAAUUACUCAGUAAAUUCUGUAAUACUUUAUAAAUUAAAGGAAAUACUUCUAAUGUGACUGAACAAUCAUUAAACUAGAUAAUGAAGAACACAACAGAAUCCAAGUUAACUUUAUAUUGAAGUUACCGGUACUGUACAGUCGCGGACAAAGGUUCGCUGAUGAAACCGAGUCAUGGAAAUGAGUCUUCGAACAUACGGUACUUUUCCCGGCUGUCUUCUGGUGCGGGUUUACUGUUUUAUCUCAUUUGGGGUCGAUACUGCUUCAGUUAGGGAGGUAGUGAACCUUUGACCCCCGACUGUACAUUAUAGAUUUAUGACUGGAGAGACUUAAACGAAGACACAACAUUAGUGAUGAGGCAGAGGCUCUAGCUGGCAACACUGCGAGGAAUGAUUUAUAAAUUUAACCUAAUGGAGUCUAACGUAUGAUGCGUUAGGUUAAAUGAUAAGUGUUCUCCGUAGAAUCAACAUUACAUUGUAUUCCUCAUUGUGUCCCCAGCGAUCGAGUUACUGCCGAAUUAAAAUUUUAAAUAUUAUGCAAAGAAGAAUUUAUAUUACAUAUCAUCAUUGAACUGUUAUCAUUUUGUAUCAGCAGUCACUUGUCUUUAGUGAAUGUGUUACAUCAUCUUCCUCACAUUCCCCCGUACUGUUCUACCGUGUGAUUUAUAUCAUUCCAAUCUUUAAAGUUACUAUUUUGUUAUACUUGAAACUUAAUGUUCUCUGUUUAUUUAAUUUUUUUUUGCCAUUCACCGAGUCAAAAGUUAAAGGAGGAUAAGAGGUACUGUAGUAUUGUAUUAUUUUUAAGUAUAAACAUUAGAACUGUCAACUUCCUGUUAGGCCAGAGAUGACAACUCUGGCUUGAUUUGUAGUUGACAGCUCUGAUGCCUGUAAUUUUGUUAAUCAUCAAUCUGCUGCAUAUAAAAAAAAAAAGAGAAAGAAGGAAAUUUGUGACCAGUACAGUACUAAGAUGGAGGUGAGCCACGUGUAAUGGAAACACUAAUGUUGGUAAAGAAAAUGAAUGUUUUGGCUGGUGUGACAGUGGUGAUAUAUAGUACAGUACUGUGAGUGCAUAUGAGCAUGCAAAGGAACCUCUUUUUCACCAGAGAUCAUAUGAGGCGCUCCGAGGGAGAAGUAGAUAAUCAACAUAAUAAAAAAAAUGCAGUUAAAAGUUUAGUCAUUUUGAUACCAAUAUAAUGAUUUAAUAAAGACCAUCUCAGGCCACUUUGUUGUUCGUCCUGUUCUGGCCCGGGGCGCCUCGUCUUCCUCACUAGUCCCUUAAAAGGUUGUGUGUACGAGGAAUUGUUUCAGGCACUGUACAGUCUGCUGUGGGGUAGUCUUCCCAGUAGGUAGUUUAAGUUUUGUCAGGAGUCAUCAGAACAACAGUGGAGAGGUAUUUGAGACAGUUCAUCAAAAUGGAAGUUAGUAAGUGAAUAUGUAGUGAGAGGGGAGCCUUGUGUUAAGGGGGAGCUAAAAUAUGCAGUGAGAGGGGAGCCUUGUGUUAAGUGGGAGCUAAAAUAUGCAGUGAGAGGGAGCCUUGUGUUAAGUGGGAGCUAAAAUAUGCAGUGAGAGGGGAGCCUUGUGUUAAGUGGGAGCUAAAAUAUGCAGUGAGAGGGGAGCUUUGUGUUAAGGGGGAGCUUAAAUAAGAAAUGUAUUGAUAGAGCAGAAGAUAAUAGGGGGCUGCACAUUUUCAAUACAUGAAGAACAUUUUCAAGCAUAAGUAAAGUUAAGGAAGGUUGGUGUAAGAUGAUGAAAUGUUAGACAACUUACUGACAAAGACAUGUUAGUAGUGGAAUUACACAUUAAUGGUACAGUUGCCUGCAUUUAUACCUGAUACAGUGGCUGGUGCAUUUUAUGAGACGUGGCAACUCUGGAAUGUUUAUCUGGCUACUAUUGCGAGGUUCCUUAGGGCCAUUCCAGUUGUUUUAAUAUGAUGUAAACAAACUCAUAUUUGCCACAUCUCACAAAAUGCACCAGCCACUGUACCAGGUAUAAGUGCAAGCAACUGUACAUGGGAUAAAAAAAACAAGAAUAUCAACUUAGAAUAAUGAUAAGGCUGUUAGGAGACUGCCAAAUAAUGACCAGAAGUAUUUUAGUGAAACAUUGAUACACAAAAACAGGAUUAGGUGCCAUGAGAUAACAUUUUGAGAUAUGUGGCAGAGUAAAUUGUACUUAAGUUGUUUGGCUAUAUAGAAAACUGUGGUCUGUUUUGAUUAAAAAAAAAAUUCUGGCUAAAAAGAAAACUUGAAUUUUUAUGGGCGAGAAUUGGCAAGACCAUUUGAAUAAAGAUAGAAAAGGGAAGAUUUUGUAGAUAGAUUAAUAUAUAUAUAUAUAUACGUAUAGUUAAAUCUCUGGAAAUUUUUUCCAUUUUCCAUAGACUAGUAGUAAAAAUUUUUCCACUGAAUUAUCCAAGAGUCAUGCAUUCAUAUUACAGUAUUGACUAUAGAGGUCGCCAAAGAAACUUAGUCACACGAUAAGCACAUUUUUUGGCAUAGCUAGUUCUUCAUUAGAGAGUGUGUAUCAUAUGUAGUAUAAGUACUGUAAUUUGGUAAUGAAUGACAGCUGUGUUGCCUUGAACUGAAUGCCAAAGUAGGAUCAUCAAAGAGACAAAAUGGAAAGCCUUAAGUACUUGUUUGUUUAGAGAUAUGAGAGAGAGAGAGAGAGAGAGAGAGAGAGAGACAAGUGAAGUUAAGAAAUGUUUUAAAGUUGAGAUAGCAUAAGUGAAUGGCUAUGGUAUCACUGUAAAUAUUGGUCAAGAAUUCAGAAUUUUGAGUAAGUGACUUGUGCCACAUGGAGAAACUGUCUUACAUUGAACAUUUCAGCCAGGGAGAACAUAAAACAUUUCUUAAGUGAUUCAGAAAUGUUAUUAAUAAAUUGAACAUUGAGAAGAUGAUUGUGCUGUCCCUGAUAAUUCCCUUCAUUGUAAGACUUAUUUUUCACAGCAAAGUGUUACAGUAUCUUAGUUAGGAUCACAUCUGGUUGACUAGGAGACUUCCACUCCACUUGAAAUUGAUAAGUAAGAGGUACGUGUGAUGUAAACGUGAAGAAUGUACCGGAGUAUAGAUGAAGUAACCACGCCUAGUUGUACGUGUCAGAUAGUGCCCAUCUUCAUAAAGUUUGUAAAUGGCUUCACUCUCCCUGCAUGAGUCAUCAACACUCCUUUUAACAACCCUCAAAGUUACUGUACCUGUUAGUAAGGAUCAGUAGUGUGCCUCCCUGAUCGCUAUAGUGACAUUUUGAUCACCGUAGGGUCACAGUUAUAACCGUAGUUUUAGUAACUUAGCAGAAGAAAUUACAGGAACAUCCUCUAUGAAAUGUUGGGAUCCAGUGCCUGUUGUAACUCUUAACCAUAUCAAGUUUUAGCAAAAUUCACCACAUCAGUCUCUACCAACAUUUAAGUUAUUGGUACAGAUUCAAAAGUUCUUGAUACAAACUGUUUUUGUCUGUUCUCAGAGUAUUGUAAGACCAUUCACCCAGUCACGUUUGACUCUAUCUUACACUUACUGCAGAAUCCUUCCACUGCCAUUUGUAACUUCAAGUCCAUAACCACGGAAACUCAGACAUCACAGCUCUUCCGCACUUAUUUAUGUUCAAUACAACACUGCCUCAUUCUUAAUAUUUAUAUAACAACAAUUCAUAUCAUAUCAGGUGUUUCUUAUUGAAGCAUACUGUAUAGUACAUCAUUGAUUCUUGCUUCAGUCAGUGUGCACCCACCUUCUACCCUCUUGUGCUCAUGAUGUUUCCUGAAGGAUUGUGUCACCAGGGAAGCACUUACUCAUUGCUCACAGGUUAAGGAGGGAAGCACUGAAAUGAGACAAGAGUUCUAUGUCUCUCGAGAAGAUAUAUUUCUGCCAGAUAUAAUGAGUAGGAGGAGUAAAGGUGUAUGAAAUUACUGUUUAAGGAAAUGAGAAUCAGUAUUUUUUUUAAGUUAAUGUAAAAAAAAUUGGAACGUGAGACUCGACAAUGGCUAUAACUAAAAAUAAUCAACUUGUGGUUUGAGAAAGGAGAAAUUUUGUUUAUCGUGGAUUUACAAAUGUAUCAUGCAUAAAGUUCAAUAAACUUGACAACACACAUGACGGUCAGAAUUUAGGGCCUCACAUUGCUCAGUAACUUCAUUGAGUACUUGUUGAAACUUUAGAAAUGAAACUGAUGUUGUGACGACAGUCCUUAGUACUCUUACCCUACCCUACCCCUCACAUACAAAGCCUGAACUAAAUCUUCUGUUGUAUUUUUGAUUAAUGGCAACUUGUGUGUACUAGUGUAUGUUGGCUCUUCAGAUUUAGUAGUAGCAUAACUUUAUUAGUUCCUAUAUGCAGUUGCUCUGAUAAACUUAUGGUGGCAUGAACAGUAUGACUGACUAAUAUUCCAGAGUGUUUAGAGGUUUGUGACAGUGCAGGUGACUGAGAGGAUGAUCAUCUGUGUUAUAGUAAUUUAUUUAUAUGUAAUUUAUAUUAUUUGAUGUAAUAAUUCUUUACAUAAGGUCAUUAUAGAGCUUAGUAUAAAGAAGUGAAAAUACCAAUGACUGUGACAGCAGGAUGUAACUGUCACCAUCUGGGACACAUUACUGUGCCAUCAAUCCCCAUUCUGUUGUACUGUGUGAGGCUUUACACUGUUACACCUUUCCCUGUGUUCCUGUGGUAUAAGAUAAAUUAUACAUAAUAUAUUUUACUGGUCUGUUCUGAACAGUUGCUAGUUUUACUUGUAUUUGGCAAAUGGUAUUGUUACAGUAUACCCUGUAAGCAAUUUCAGGUGUUAUGGAACCUUGUACCUUCUUUGAAACUUUUGAGGAUUUAUCAAUGAUUUGGCUGCAUCUAUUGAAUCAAGAGAUAUUAGGCCCUUCCAUACUGCAUGGUUUAGGUGCCAUAUGUACAGUACAGUAUGUAUAACAGCAGUAGUACUAGUUAAGUCAUUAGAUCGUGCAGUAAGGAAUCAGGUUAACCCUCUCAUAUUAUCAACAGUUGGACAAAUCCUACCCUCUCACUCGUUGAUGAUGCAAAUCUCACUCACUCACUGGCUUCGUCAUCCAGAAUUGGAUUUUUUUUACUUUAUAAAACAGCAGGAUCAAUGAGUUCUCUAUAGAAAUUUUUGGACUGUGUACAAUGUGAGCAUUUGUUGUGCCUGAUAUGAACCAGCAGGAGGGAGGUCUGGGCAAUGUGGACUCUUAGUAAAGCAACCUGUGUCAGCAGCCAGUGUGAGGGUUAAGAUCAAGAGAUGUUGCUGCCUCUUGUAUGAUAUAGAACUUGACUAGAACUGUGGCUCUCAAAUUGUGUCCAUAAACCUUUUUCUUUGGGAUUUAAAUAAAUUGGUUUAUAUCUACAAUAAAACAUGCUACUGUAUGAGAUAUUAAAUCAUACAAGAUGUUAUUAUGUGUACUGUACAUUAUGUUUGUUCUGUUAAAACAUUCAUCCAUUUUGUAUUAUCAUUUGUUGGGGGUUGAAUUCUGUAAGUUUCUUGCCCACAGACUAAUGCCUCUGAUUAAAACAAGUUGAGAAUCAUUGGCUUAGCGACUGACUGAUCACUGCUUGAUCCAGAUAUUUAAAGUACAUUAGAUUCUGACUGUAGUAAGAGCAGUUUAUUUGAUGGUAUGAUUCCAGACUCCAUCCAUGUGAGUACUUUCAGGUCUACUUGUGUACAUAGUAGUAAAAGAUACAUACAGUACAGUAUAUACAGUAAUGCAGUGAGGGAAAAAUAGUGUUGUCCAAAUUAAGGUAAUUAUUGCACAAACAGCAACAGGGUUUAAAAACAUAACUAAAAGAGCUUAAUCACUUGGAUAUUGGUUUUCCCCCAACAGAACCAUUAUUACCAUCAAAAACUGUACUAGAAAAUCACCGUCCUUGUUAAUGGGGUUGUAAGCCAUUUGUUAGUGGAAUAAUAGCCAAAAGUAAUAUGGGUAUGCUUAGUACAGUAAUGGUAAAAUAGUUUUGGUUAAAAAAAACUUUAAUACGUAUAUAUACAGUAUAGUGUAUAGCAGUGUGGACUUUGGUGGUUGUCCAGUGAAUAAAUGGUUAAAGUUUGGGGAUUCGUAAGUGGCCAAAUUAAUCAAUAAGUUUGGUGUGGGUACAAGAGUAAUUGUUUUUCCUCCUUUCACUGCAUCUCAUCAUAUUACGUUAAGUAAAACAGAAAUAUUUAUAAUAGACUAGUUGAAAAUUAUUUUAGAAUCUAUUAUUUAUUUAAUAAUACUGUAUAUGCUUGUGAAUGUGCCUAUGAGGAGUGGAGAGUCAUUUGUACUAAUGUUUUCUUGCAUGAAGAUACUGAGAGCUUUUUCCUCUGUCUAUCAAAACUUUCCUUGAUAUGUAAUUUCUUUGUAUGUAUCCUAUUUCUGUGGUAUGAAUUGCCAAUUUUAACUAUACUUGUAGUAAGUUUUCUUUUGUGUAUCCAUAUCUUAGCAUACAGUUCUGAAACUGAUGAAAGUCAACUAUUGUCUGUGAUGAGCUAUAAUUUGUCUUGUGUUUUAGAUAUUUACAAUUCACAUUUGUAUUAAUAAUUAUUACUGGUUAGACAUUAUAAUACUAUUGUUUAUCGAGUUUACGUAGACUUGGGUCACACGGUGUUGGAGGUGGUAACGAUAGGUAAUUAUGAACAAGGGAUAUGCAGGCUAGUCAGUGAUUACCAUUUACUGCUUCAUCAGUCUACUGAGACGUACUUGACUACCAAACUUUCACAGUAGAUUGUAGGUUCUUUGAAAAUGCUUAGUUAUAACAAGGGAUCAGCCUUGACUAGGACCAGAACUCCAUAAUACUGCAUCAUUUGUAUUCUAAAAACGUUUACUUUAAAGAGUUUGUGUGAUCCUACUUUUGGAACCUUUGUAUAUACCGCACUGUUUUUGUGAAGAUGUUUGUUGUGUCUGUGGGCCUAAAAAUCAGUGACCUGUCAGCUUUGAACCUUAAAUUUAUAGGCCUAUAAGCACAGUAUAAAUCAUUAUUCAUAGGUUCCAAAAACAGUAUUAUGUCAACUCUGAAACCAUUAAGUUCAUUAGUAGUACAGGUUUAGUGUAUUUUGCAGAGUAAUCCAAUAUUGUGUGUAUAGUUCGUAUGUCUUGUUUAUGUGCAUUGUUUUGUGUUUUAAAUAUAUACAGUGCAUUAUAUCAUUAUUAUUUGUCUUAUGUUUUUAUUAUUGUAUUUUGCACAAAAUUUUUACUUUAUCAUAAAUCCAUUAUAGUUAUCUGUAAAUUAACUAACAAUGAAGUACCUUGAAGUAUUCCACAAUACAUUAUUGUAAUACAAGAGGUUUUGAGGGAUUUGCAAGUUCAUUAGGCAAGCUUUUUAUUUUUAUCUUUCGUAUUUGGGUCAUGGAAAGUACUGACAGGUGACUGCUGUAUUCUCAGUCCACGAGGUAUGACAGGUGUUUCUGGGGUCUGUACAGGGUUGCAAUAAUGGGCUCUAUAUUAGACUUUUGAACUUGUCGCUCAGGUGUACCCAUGGAGGACAAAGCUAACAGCUCUUACCUUGCCACCCCGGGAAGUGAAACGCCUUAUUAACGAUUUGUUACUAAAGAACUUAACUUAUAUUUUAAUUAGUAUAAAUCAGGAUUUUUAGUAUUGCUGUGGUUACUGUAUGACAUAGAGUACUUUUUGUUUUGCUUACUAUGAGAUAGAUGGAAUCCCUCCUCAAAAAAAAAAAAACCUGCUGAUGGUGGUCUGUGUAGCACAACAUUGUAGUUUGCUUAUUUUCAUAUAUAAUCAUUUGAGUGAGACAGUGUGUACAUAUAUACGUAUACAUGUGUCACUGGAAGCACAGCACAGUACUGUACUUACCCAUAAGACAAGAUGAUGAUAAUCGAGACCAAAGUGAAUGCUUCUUAAAUAAUUUACUGGGUACUGUAUAUAUUUUUCUUCUCAUAACUAAAAUGGUUAAAUUUUCAAUUUCUCAUUUAUGGGGGUAAAACAUCAUCUGUAACAUCACAUUCCAUAAAUUAUAUGAUCAGU